UYCAACGCGCUACUYGCUAGCUAAUGGCGUUAACUGGGCUAGUGUAGUAUSCAUAACUAACGACUGUUUGCUAGKUAGCUGUCGUUUGACAGCCUUUGUCAUUUGAACUGUUCAAYUCUUCAAUUCGGYAAGUCUUUAACGAGCCGUGGGGWYUAUUUUGUUCCAAGGAAACAGUUGUUUUGUUUUAUAUAGGUAAGGAUUUGAUAUAAGAGRUCGUUUAUUGAGCUAUGUCUCUCCACGGUAAGCGAAAAGAGAUCUACAAAUACGAAGCGCCAUGGACGGUGUAUGCAAUGAACUGGAGCGUUCGUCCCGACAAACGCUUUCGCCUGGCCCUUGGAAGUUUCGUUGAAGAAUAUAACAAUAAGGUGCAGAUUGUGGGUCUGGAGGAGGAGAGUUCAGAGUUCAUCUGCAGGAACACCUUUGACCACCCCUACCCCACCACCAAGAUCAUGUGGAUCCCGGACAGCAAGGGUGUUUACCCAGACCUGCUUGCCACUAGCGGGGACUACCUGCGCAUCUGGAGGGUCAGUGAAACAGAGACGCGCUUGGAAUGCUUGCUGAAUAACAACAAGAACUCUGACUUCUGUGCCCCACUCACCUCGUUUGACUGGAAUGAAGUGGAUCCCAAUCUGCUGGGCACCUCCAGCAUUGACACCACCUGUACUAUCUGGGGGUUGGAGACUGGCCAAGUGCUGGGCAGAGUCAACCUCGUAUCCGGCCACGUCAAGACCCAGCUCAUUGCUCAUGACAAAGAGGUGUAUGACAUCGCGUUCAGCCGCGCAGGCGGUGGUCGGGACAUGUUUGCGUCGGUCGGYGCGGACGGCUCAGUACGCAUGUUUGACCUGCGGCACCUGGAACACAGCACCAUCAUCUAUGAAGAUCCCCAGCACCACCCCCUACUGCGCCUCUGCUGGAACAAACAGGACCCCAACUACCUGGCCACCAUGGCUAUGGACGGCAUGGAGGUUGUGAUUCUGGACGUGCGUGUUCCCUGCACGCCGGUGGCCCGCCUCAACAACCACCGGGCCUGUGUCAACGGCAUCGCCUGGGCUCCCCACUCCUCCUGUCACAUCUGCACUGCAGCCGACGACCACCAGGCGCUGAUAUGGGACAUCCAGCAAAUGCCCAGGGCCAUCGAGGACCCUAUUCUGGCCUACACAGCCGAGGGGGAGAUCAACAACGUCCAGUGGGCUUCCACCCAGCCUGACUGGAUCGCCAUCGGCUACAACAACUGCCUAGAGAUCCUGCGGGUCUAAAGCCAACCUUCACCUCAGGUGUGGAUGUGAAGGGGUGGAGGAUGAGGACAAUGUGUGGAUUCAGAACUUGGACAUGUUUUUUUGAGUGGAAGUAAAUCUUGCAGGACUGCCUCAAACCACUACUCUGUCCUGGCUGAUUUGAUGUACGUAUGGGAGGCGGUGUGAACUCUUUGUCCCACUCCACAAUGUCCUGGUUUACUCUGUUUUUGAUAGAACUAAUCCCUGUGUCAAAAGGAGUAUGUUGUCAUCUUUAUUGUUUUGGUAAUCAUCAGUGUCUGUACAGCGCCAAAAUGCAUCAGUGGGUUCAACAAUUCUAGAUGGUCAAUUCAUUAUGGAGUGAAACAGUGCAGUUUGAACUGAAGACUGCCUCUUGAGUGUGUUUAACCUGUUGUUUUAGCCAUCUCUAUAACAUAAUGACAUAUUUAGUGUCAGGAAACUGGAUUUAAAAUGACACUCACUGUCAGAAAAUGUCAUCUGGGUGUAUUUCUGAACUGGUUUGAAUCCAGUUAGACUUCUGAAUUUGAAACCAUAAGGCUAAUUUUAAGGCCUCAUAAUUAUUUAAAGUAUUUUUUUUUAUGGUUUGCUGGUACCAGAUCACUUCCAUGAUUAUACUGUGAUKAUCUGACAUAUAGUGAAGUGUUAUGGUUCAAUACCACAGGAAGUUGGUGGCACUUUAWUUGGGGAGAACAGGCUCAUUCUAACAACUGGAGCGAAAUAGGUGGAAAUACAUAUAACACAUGGUUUCCAGGUGUUUGAUGCCUUUCCAUUUGCUUCGUUCUAGCCAUUAUUAUGAGCUGUCCUCCCCUCAGCAGCCUCCUGUGUUCAACACACAGUUGCAUGUCUCACAGUUUGGAUACUUUGCCAUCAGCCCCUUUGGACUAGACCAGAACCUACCAAAAACAAGCUUAAUAACGUUUUCUUCAUUUUGAGUAGAGUUGCUUGGAACAACUGCAGUUCCUAUUCAAGACUGUGUGAAACAAAUACGUUUACUUAGCCUAGUACUGAAGGAGAGUGAAACCUUUUUUUCUCGUGUCUCYCUCUCCCUAUCUUUUUAUUGUUCUCUGUACUCGAAGGUCAACCCCCUUUUCGCAUGUUUGUACAAGGGGAAAUGUACAUUCUUAUAAAUAUAUGAACCAAGAUAUUGAUAAGGCAAAUCUACAUGUAGUAGCUUUUUUCAUAAAAGUUUGUAUUACCAAAUUUGCUCUAACUAAUAAAUAUUKCUUUGUGUUUUUGUA